AUGGUGAGUAUCGACAAAGAGGGCGCCGUUACUCAAAGCCCGAUCAACUCGGAUUCCGAGUCCGGCGAGCGACGUGCAUCCGCUCCAGGAGAAGUGGGCAAUGUGCCCGAAGACAACCGGGAAACCGAUUUUUUCACUCGCAAUGGCCUCAACCUACGCAGUUUCGAGCGACGUGACUGGGGCACCGGCACCGAGCAACUCGAUCGGUCCAUAAAGUCUCGCCAUUUGAACAUGAUCGCCAUAGGUGGUUCGAUCGGGACCGGUUUUUUCGUCGGGUCAGGCACGGCCCUCACCGCGGGCGGGCCUGGAUCAGUAUUUAUCUGCUUCUGCGUCGCGGGCAUGCUCGUCUUCAACGUCGUCCACGCUCUCGGGGAACUCGCCGUCAUGUAUCCCGUCUCGGGCGGGAUGUACACCUAUUCCGUGCGCUUUAUUAGUUCGGCUUGGGGCACCGCCAUGGGGUGGAACUAUGUCUUUGGUUGGUUGGUCGUUAUGCCCCUCGAAUUAACCGUCUGUACGUUUACAGUCCAAUACUGGAAUAAAGAUAUCAAUCCCGCGAUCUGGAUCACCAUCUUCUAUGUCGCCAUCAUUCUCAUCAAUAUCUUCGGUACUCUCGGCUACGCGGAAGAGGAGUUCGUCACGUCUCUAUUUAAACUCGUGGCCAUCGUCAUUUUCAUGAUUGUCGCCGUGGUUCUGAUCUGCGGCGGCGGCCCCUCGGACGGAAUAUAUAGUGAAUACUGGGGCGCACGGCUCUGGUACGAUCCGGGGGCCUUUCAGAACGGGUUCCGAGGUUUCUGUGCCGUCUUCGUCACGGCCGCAUUCUCCUUUGGCGGCACGGAGCUUGUUGGGCUCGCGGCGGCCGAGUCCAAGAACCCCGGCGAGUCAAUGCCCGUCGCCGUUAAGCAGAUCUUCUGGCGAGUCACUAUCUUCUACAUUCUGGGGUUGACCCUGGUAGGCCUAUUGGUUAGCUCGACCGACGACCGGCUCCUCAAUGCCCGGAACCCUUAUUCCGAGGGGACCUCACCGUUCGUCAUUGUAGCCCACGACGCCAGCCUACGCGGGUUCGACAGUUUUAUGAACGUCCUCAUUUUAGUCUCGGUCAUCUCCAUCAGCGUCUCGUGCGUCUACGCUGCGUCCCGCACCACAACCAGUUUAGCUCAGCAGGGCUACGCGCCCAAAUUCUUCACCUAUAUUGACCGCUCCGGACGGCCCUUGUUCUCCGUCCUGCUCUCCCUCACCUUGGGCGCCUUGGCUUAUCUCGCUAUGGCUUCCUCAGGCAUGGAAGUCUUCAACUGGCUAAUGUCUCUCUGCAGUCUCUGUCUGCUCUUCACCUGGGGCUCCAUCUGCGGUGCCCAUAUCCGCUUCCGCGCCGCGUGGGUUCAGCAAGGUCGCUCUCUGGAUGCCAUUCCUUAUAAAGCUCCUUUCGGUGUCGUGGGAUCUUGGAUCUCCUUGAUCCUGGUCGUCAUUUUCCUGGCCGCCCAGAUUUUUGUCGCGAUCGCUCCGCCGGGCACGACCGCGUUGAACGACGCCGAGGGUUUCUUCCGGAGUGCCGCCACUAUUCCCGUGGUUCUGUUCUUCUGGGCCGUGGCUUAUUGUAUGAAACGCCAAGGGUUCACCAAGUUGGACAAGAUUGAUUUGGAUCUGGGGACCCGGGUGCAUGACUGGGACGUGAUCAAUGCGCAGAGGGCGAAGGUGGCCUCCUGGCCCUGGUGGAGACGGGCUUUCAAUAUCAUAUGGUAG